AUCUUUCUCUUUGCCACUGUGAAUGAGCGACUGGGACUUGCGUUCUGCCUCCGCUCAGACGCCGCAGCAGCGACAGAGUAGUAACACUGGUGCUGGUAGUGGCGACCCGAUUCUCGAGGACCGGAUGAUGACGGUAGACGGCGACCUGGCCAUGGACGAGGAGGACGUAGAGGAAAUCGACCUGCGCGACGAGCAUGAUGAUGACGACGCCGCCGCCGACCCAGCUGCUGCUGCUGCCAGUAGUGCGUCUUCGCCGAGCAAGGCCCACCCACCACUGAACAAGACGACCAGCGGCGGCGUGUCCUCUCGCUUGGCCGCGUUCAUGCGAAAGGCUCAGACGCCUGCAGCCGUGGUCGUCGUCCCGGCAUCCCCUUCGGCUGCUCCCACGGCGCUGGCGUCUGCGCCGGGCGUUGCUGAUGCCCACGGCAGCAUUCCGCCGAGCCCCAUGGCGUCGCAGCCGGGUUCACCGCAGCCGACUUCCUCGGCGAUGUUCACCAACCUCAAGUCCGUCUUCCACCGCAGGACGCCGUCGGGCGCGUCAACCACCUCUGCUGCAGUCGCCGCGGGCCUGGCGUCAGGACAUGCGGGCACCGAAAAGGGCGCUGUCGCCAUGUCGGCGCUGCCGGAAGACAUGCUCAUCCCCGCCGAGGUGGCAUCGCUGGGCUCGACCGGUCCGCCGUCGGCAACGGUCAGCUAUGGCGGCUCGGACUUUGAUCGCACGUCGUUCACGCACGUCAGCGGCGAAGGCAGCUCACUCGUGAGUGCGAGUGAUGUGAGCAGUGCGGCUGACACGGAUUUUGUCACGCUCUCUGCAUUGCCCAGCCACCACGGCUCAGUCAACGAGCUGUCAAGGGGUACAAGCGCUACACCGUCGACGCAUACGUCCGCUUCUUCCUAUGAGAUUGACCCAGACAAUGUCGAGGACUUGACGGGGACACAGCGAGCGUUGACCACGUCCGACCAAAUCACUGCCACUGCCGCUUCCUCCUCCUCGUCUGCCGCCGCGCGUCCCGCCCCUCCGACGUUGACAUCCUCGCCUUCCGCCACCCCCGUCAAGACUACCCCGACCACCAAGUCCUCCCGUAUCUUGGGGUUCUUCCGGUCGGGAAAAAACGCGGAAGGUGUGGCAUCGAGUGCGUCGCCAUCUUCUGCUGCUGCUGCUACUGCCGCCGCCGCCUCCACGCAAUCCCUAGCAUCACCACCGGUACCAGUCGACCUGGCUGCCGUUCCGAACGCAACCACGCAAUCCAGCGCUCGACGCUCGUUAUUCCAGACGAGUGAUUCGGCAGUGUCGUUGGACGCGGACUCGACGGCUCAGAUCACGACGCUUGUCGGCCAACCGCCUCUCCCAGGAGUGGUAGCCGACCCAGGCAAUGCUGCAACAAGUGGGUCUGCAAAUCCCGGACUUUCCGCCCCAACAAUAGCGGAUUCGGCUGCCUCUUCGCCAGCGGCUCCCCAUACCUCUUCUUCUGCGUCUUCUUCUUCUUCUCCUUCUUCUUCUUCUGCUGCUGCUCCUGUUGCUCUUGCUAUUAACUCGCCUUCUCGCAAAGGCCGGCCAAAAGCAGAAGCUCAGCAGACCCAUUUGGCCCGCGACCAGCCUUUGACCGACCGCAGUGCUGUGCUGCCGUCCCAAGCAUCGUUCGGCUUGUACUUGGGAGGCGGAGCGCCGUUGUGUCCCAUCGUGUACAUCACCAGCAUCGUGCCUGGCUCGCCGGCAGCACGCGCAAACCCUGCACUGGCCAUCGGCGAUGAGCUCGUUGCCCUUGGCGCCACGGCUCUGGCUGGCCAGACUGUCGACGCUGUGCUUGAAAUGCUCGGUGGAACAUUGGAAUCGGUGGACGUGACGUUCGUCCCGUUUGUUCUGGACUACCCUCCAAACCUCCGCCCGACGCAAUUCGACGUCAAAUUCAAGCAAUUCAAGCAGUCCUUGUCUCUCAAGUUCUUCUCUUCCAAGGCCAGUGCGGCAUCGCCCGCCACGCCUGCUGCUGGGACUGGCGCGCCUUCUGCCGACGCGGCCUCCGCCAACUUGUUCGACCUGCUGGAUGAUGCUGUGGCAGAACUGCAACUGGCACCUCCGCUGCGUGCGCAGAUUGAGGCGUUUGAACAAAGCGCCGUGCAUCUUGAUGGAUCGCGGGACAAGACUGCCAAGUACAUUGCAAGCCUCAAGGCGUUGUCCGAGGCUCAACGGAAACUAGCCCAGUUCUUUUCGGAUGUGGCCACGCGAAACGAGCCAGACCCCGUCCUCACGCUGGCCAUGCAAUCCAUGGCGUCGACCUUGCUCGGCCUGCAAGCCGAGGUGACGCAAUUUGUCGUCACGAUGGAGCCCAUCUUUAAAGAGCUGGCCGGGAGCUUUUUGCGCACCGUGACGGACGUGCGAAGGCUUGUCAAGCGCGUCGAGGCUGUCUGUGUCGAGGGUGCGCAAGUCGCAGCCGAGCUGAAAACGCUCGAUACAGAAGAGCAACACGCCAUUCGAGGACGCGGAGGACCCCUCGAACGAACGCGCGAUGGCAACAUUCGAGGGCGCGAUUUGUUUGUCCGACUCGCUUCGUCGCGCACCGACUACCGUGCCGCGUCCAGUGAACUGGCCUCCAGACUCGCGUCGAUUCAGGAAACAGUCGUCCCCGCGCUCACUGCGCAACUCGAGCGCAUCGUGCGCGAGCUGGCUUGCUACCUGGGCGCAUGCAAACAGCUGACCGACGAUGCUCAAAAGUCGAUGCACGAUGAGAUGGCCGCCGCUCAAGCGCAAAAGCAAAAACGACGCGCCGAGCGAUCUCGCAGCAACCGAGACUCUCCGCCCGCCUCCACACCACCACCGCCGGCCCCUUCUGAUGAGCGGCAAGCUUCUUCUUCUUCUUCUUCAUAACCUUUGAAAGACACCGUCGAGUGAAUUGCCAGUUUUCAACGCAAGAUUAGCCUGUUGCCGCCUUCCCAAAGUGUUUGAGGUGGCUUGCAUGUCUCCAACACUUUUGAGUUGCGUUAUUGCAUUUGGUUUCCCUGUUGGAUGUGACGGCUUUGUUCCAUUUGUCCAUUUGUUCAUACAAUACUGUCCCAAUAAUCCCCUUAUUGCAAUCGUAGAAACCC